UGCAGUGUCGCGAAUGUCUGCUGAGCAAGAGGCACCGAAGCCCCAGGAGAGUCGGCUUUCGGCUGCCGCUGGGCGAAGUUCUCGGGCUCCGACUCUCGCUGCCCCUCUGCGCGAAAGACAGUCUGGGAAAAGGCUGCACACGGAAGGACCAUGGAGGGGAGCCAGCCCGAGAAGAACUGCCUGGUGAGUGACGUCCAGCCCGCGCCCACGAACCAGGGAUGCCUUCGUCAGGUAUUCUACUCCAUGGUCGUGGCGAGCACCGCGUUGCAUCUGGGCAUGGUCGUCGGGUGGUCGGGCAUUCUGAUGAAACAGAAGAACGACCCCGAAGCGGAGCUAGUCGUGUCGGAGGGGGACGUGGUGUGGCUGGUGUCGUUGCUAGGCCUGGUGUGGACGUUCUCCAGCUUCGCCUCGGGCCCCCUGAUGGAGCACCUGGGUCUCCGGCGCCUCCUGCUGCUGUCGCUCCUGCCGUCUUCUCUGUGCUGGCUCUUGCUGGCCUUCCCGCUGGCCACGUGGGUCAUCUACGUGGGCCGCGUGGGCACUUGCGUCACCGCCGGGAUCAUCAACACCAUCCUGCAGCCUCUCCUGGCCGAGCUGUGCCAACCUCGUUACCGCGGUUUCGUCCUCACCCUGCCGGAGAUCAUGGUGUCCGUCGGCCUCCUGUUCUCCUACGCCCUCCCAAGGUUCCUCUCCUGGCAGGUGUCCGCGGCCCUCCUCGCCGCGCCCUUCCUGCCCAUGUUCCUGCUGAUGCUCCUCGUCCCUGAGUCACCGUACUGGCUGCUGAAGCGGGACAAGAAAGACGAAGCAAAGAAGGUCCUCCUGCGUCUCGACCCUUCCUGUGACGUCACUGAGGAAAUCGCUAUCAUCAAAUCUUCGUGCGCCGACGACCCUACCUUCUUGGAACAAGUUCAGCAGCUGAAGAAGGGCCGCAACGCCCGUCCUGUGCUCCUCGUCUUGUCCCACUUCCUCCUGCGUGAGCUCGGCGGCCCUAGCGUCAUCUUCAUGUACUCGGCCUACAUGUUCAAGCUGGCCGGCGUGCAGCUGGACGCCUUCACGUGCUCCAUCCUGGUCGGCGCCAUGCGUUUGCUGGCGACCAUGGCGUCGGCCGUCGUGUCGGACCGCGUCGGCCGCCGCCAUAUGCUUCUCUGCACGGCCGUGGUCUGCGCGGCGGCUCAGGCAGUGGCCGGGGGCGCGCUCUUGCUGGGGAGAGACACGACGCUGGGCGGGGGAGCGCUGUCCUUGAUCCCACUGGUCGCCGUGUUGCUGUACGUGGCGUUCUACGGCGUGGGUCUGGCGCCCAUCCCGUGGGUGCUGGUCGGAGAGCUCCUGCCGACGGCCGUGCGCUCCCUCGGCGCCGCCAUCGUCAGCUCGGUGUUCGCCCUGUCGGUGUUCGUGAUCAACUUCAUCUUCCCGAGCCUCAUCGCACUCCUGUCCCUCGGCGGAACCUUCCUCCUGUUCGCCGUUGUCAACGCCUCACUCGCUCUCGUCGUCUUCUUCUUCCUGCCGGAGACGAGCGGCCUCACCCUGAAGGAGGUGGAGCUGGUUUUCGCUUCCAAGCACCGACUCGCUCGUGACAACACCGAAGAAAUAUGUCGCAAGGAGGAGAAGGCUGACGUAUGAAUUAUUGAACUAAGGAUCUAUCACGUAUUAAAUAAGUAUCCAUAGUACAAAUAUUUUACUCUCUUUAUAGAGUGAAGCAGUCCCAUAACUCCCCCAGCAUGGAAGAAGUUUCUUUUGUAAAACUUAUGUGGAACUGAUGUUCGUAACACAAUGGCCAUUUAUCUUUGUGAGCUUUUCAGAUUUUGGAUAUUUUGAUAAUAUGAUAAUAAGACACAUUAAAUACAUACUAUUACAGAA